AUGUCUAGAAAACGUGCCUUGUCCGAAGAAAAUGAAGGUGCUACUUCACUGAAGAGCCUAUCGACUCCAAUCAAUUUAUUUGAGGAUGAAUGUGUUUUUUGUCAUUCAUUUAGAACAAGCCUGUUUCAUGGGCCGAUGGUACGCUAUCUGAAGGGAAGAGUUGUGUCCAUUGACGAGGGCAACUCAUCAGAUGCCAUCUACGUCCAUAGGAAAUGCCUCGAGUGGGCUUCUGGAGUAUGGUUUAAGGGCGACAUUGUUAUGAACUUUGAGCCAGAAAUUAGACGUGCUUUAAAACUGACAUGCAGAAGAUGUGGACUCAAGGGAGCAGCACUUGGUUGUUAUUACGAUCCUUGCCUCACGAGUUUUCACGUUCCAUGUGCAGUUCAGACAAUUGGUUGCCGCUGGGACGUGGAUGGCUAUGUGCUGUGCCCUGAACAUGUUUCAAAUGCUCUACCAUGUGAUAAUCUGGGUACACAAACAAAGGAGAAUUACAAUGCUUCUUCCUUGGAUCAAAGCCGACGUGCAGAUAAGGAAGGAAAUUUUGACUAUCAUAAUAGGGAAAAUCAACAAACUGAUCAGCUUAACACCUCAAAUGCUUCCUCGCUGACUCAGAGCCAUCAUUGUCACGAAGAUGGAAUUUCUACCAAUUGCUCAAGGGCUGGUGAACAAACGGAUCAGCUUAACUCCAGUUCAUACAUAGAAAAGGAAGAUUGUUUUGACAGUCAUCGAAGGAAAGAUCAACAAACAGAUCACCUUAACAUUUCAAGUCCUUAUUUGCCACACAAACUACAUUCUCAUCAAAAAGAAGAAAUUUCCACCAAUAGCUCAAGGGAUGACCAGCAAAUAGAUCAGCUUCACACUUCAAGCUCUUCUUCCUUGCCACUGGGAGCUUGCCAAGCGGAAGAAAUGGAAACAGAUCAGCCUGACACAUCAAGCUGCCCUUCUGAUCAGUUGGUUUUGCUUGGUUUCUCUUUAAGUGCGGAAGAGAAGGACUUCAUGCAAAAGUUUGCAAGUUGGACCAACAUGACGCUGGCAAAAGAGUGGGGCGAAAAUGUGACCCAUGUCAUUCUGGGCAAAGGUGCUGGUACCUCAUGGAGUAGAUCAUCUGAAGUCCUUAUGGCAAUACUGCUUGGGAAAUGGGUGGUUCAUUUCGAAUGGGUCGCCGACUGCUUGCAGCUCAAUCCAGGUCCAGAGGCUUCCUAUGAGCUAGCAGCAUCCAAGCAGGGGAGAAUCCGAGCAAGUGAAGGAUUGCAGGCACCCAAACUGUUUUCGGGACUGUGUUUCUGCCUGAGCGAUUUCAUGAGCCGUGACAACAGAGACAGCAUGCGAGACCUCAUAGCAGCCGCCGGAGGGCGGAUGAUGCUGGAGAAACGCGACCUGCACCUGCUACUGAAAAACCCCGACCACUCUUCGUCGUCUUCGGUGAAGCCGAGGCCCUGCUACUUCGUGUACGAUGCCGACUCGCCCGGAGAGUUCAGUGUGAGCUCGCUGCGGAAGGAGAUGGAGGAGGCGAGAGAGCAGGCGGCGGCUGGGGCGCAGCUGAUCUGCCACCUCAGGGUGUUGGAUGCCGUCGCGGCGUUUGACGCGGAGAUCCUCGUGGUCGCGAAGGAGGACCGCUUCAUCACGUCGUAA